AUAUUUUUGUACCUUGGUAUCCAAGAUGGCGACUUGAUCAGCUUUUCCGAUCAGCUUCACAACUUUUCGGGAACUGAAAAUGUUUAUCGUUGGAUUAACUGGUGGGAUAGCAACUGGAAAAAGCACUGUUUCAAAGAUAUUCAAAGAGUUGGGAUGCCAGGUCAUAGAUGCUGAUCAAAUUGCUCGAGAAGGUAUGCGUUUUAAAGCAACAGGGCAUGCGAUCUUGCAGCUCUUGGAAGACCUCACGUGAUUGGUUUGCAAUGGAACCUAUUUGUAGCCCGAAAACUAAAGGGUUGUGAGCCAUAGGGGUCCAAUUAAAUUAGAGGUUCUGAAGAGCAGGGCGGUGAAAUAAUAGCAGUUUACAGUGUGUCACUAGUUUGCCAGAAAGAAAAAGACUUACAAAUGAAACGGGGGAAAAGGCACAUUCCCUUGAAGACGUUUACCUUGGAGUCUAACAUCGAUCUGUGCAAUUCAGCCAAGAUUAAAACAGACAAACAAACAAAACUCCUAGUUCUUGCAAAGGGAGUCAUGCCUAUUUGUCAUUAAAUAAUUAUUACAUAUGAAAUGUUUUAAACAAUUAUUGGAUGAGGUUUUUAUGAUAUCAGCCAAGCCGAAGGCCGAGGUUGAUAACACUCACCGAGACCUUGAUUAUUUAGGUUAUCACAAAAACCGAAUCUAGUAAUUGUUUUUUUAUACACUGUUUUGAAGAAAAUAACGACUGACACACUGUUGCAAGGAACUUAGCCUGCGAAAACAUCCGUUUCUCCUCGCUCUUCGUCGAUGGGGAUGUUUUGUGCAGAGGAACGUCUGUGACUCAGCGACAGAAAUUCCAUACUGAUGACAUAAAAUCAUAUUCACAAACCUCUUUGAAGUGAAGAUAUGUGCUUUCCACAACAACAUUAUUAGUACACCUUUUGCUGUUCAUUAUGAGAAGAUACGCAGUCUUUUGCGUGAAACGGCGACCAAUAGUGCAAAGAUACAUUCAUUAACGUGAAAAUACGAACAUUUGCGCAUAAAUCAGAUUCAAUUACGAUUUUUGCAUUUUAAUCAACAUUCAACAACACUUCUGGGCAUUCAUAUGCGUCAUUGGGCAUACAAAAGAGAGAAAUAUACUUUCAUUAAGGCCAACAUCAAAGUCAUUAAUACCAUCUUGAAAGUCACUACGGACAACUGACAUACAUUAAAGUGCAAGCACUAUUCAUUAACAUUUUUACAACACUGUUUGCAAUUGAAUAGCAUUCCUGGACAACCUUAGGAUGGAUAAGACAAACAUUAAUGUGCUUGUACAAUUGAGUGUUCUUUACAUUUAAUAUACAAAAAUCGAUUUUCAAUUAAACAAUAGAAAUUCAAACAAAUUUGGCCCGAAUUUCAGUCCGUUAAAUGUAUAUCCCUUAAAAACAUUUUGGGAGGUAGGUUUGAUGUGGAGGGGGGAAGCAUAAGCUGUGUACGUAUGGAGCAGGAAUGGCCAAAUCUAGGUGGCUACCAGGCACCCCGUCAUACGCAAAGACCGCCGACUUACCGGGAUCCAUUUUUUCCCCGCCCGUGGUAGAAAAAGUCACCGAAAAACCGACACAGUAUUCAUUACUCUAGCAGCUCCCGAGAAAAACAUUUGAUAGGUACUUAAUAUUGCCAUGGUCAUAGACAGGUUUCGUCCUCGUUGGCCGCACACUUGGAGGUACGCCCUCCACUCUCUGUCACGCCCCACCAUGACUUCUGGCCGUCUAGGGUAAAUGUAUAGCCGCAGCCGCCGUCGAAGACACAGUGGCGAAGUACGGCGUGAUUCGUUAACCAAAUUCAGGCCAAUUUUUGGGGGGAAUUGGUAUUGUUUAAUUGAAAAUAUAUUUUUGUAUAUUAAAUGUAAAGAACGCUCAAUUGAUUGUACAAGCGCAUUAAUGUUUGUCUCAUCCAUUCUAAAACUGCUAUUGAAUUGCAAACAGUGUCAUAAAAAUGUUAAUGAAUAGCAUUUGCACCUAGAUGUUUGUCCAUUGUCCCUAAUGAUUUUCAACAUAAUGUUAAUGACUCGAAUGUUGCCAUUAAUGAAAGUAUAUUUAUGUCUUUUGUAUGUCGAAUGAUGCAAAGGAAUGCCCAAAAAUGUUAUUGAAUGUUGAUUAAAAUGCAAAAAUCGUUAAAUUGAAUCUGAUUUACGUGCAAAUGUUCGCUUUUUCGCGCUAAUGAAUGUAUCUUCGCGCUGUUGGUCACCUUUUCACGCAAAUGAAUGCGUAUUUUCUCGUAAUGAACAGCAAAAGGUGUAUUACACUGACUUUCUUUGUUGACAAAAAUUAAAUUGAGCAACACAGACACUCUUCCUCUAAAAAAUCCUGCACAUGCAGGCCCCAGUCAGGUGAAUAUGUUCCAGAUCAACAGUUACUAUGAGGUGAAUAACUGAAAUUACAGGCGAAUUUUCCUGGACAAGGUUGAUCUUUCCUCCUAGUACUAGGGCUGUCACUAAGAUAAUUUUUCAAGUUGCCAGGUAAAUACAACAAGUAGGCGAGGAAUCAAACAGCUAGGGAUUUCUCUUGGUUCUAUUUUUUUUUUCUAUUUUCCUAUGAAAGUAGGCGGGGGCCACGUUCGUAGUAGCUGGGGGAAAUCCCUGGUCCCCACCUCUUAAUGACAACCCUUUAGUACUAGCCCAUUAAAUAUCUUAGCCAAGUCUUAAUUGUGUGACAUUUAAUAACUACCUUUUAUUAUAGAUUUAAUAUGUGUUGCUAGUCAUCAGUUCCUUCGAACCCGACAAAGACUGUUGUUGUAUUACAUCCUUGUUUUACUUUAUUCAUCGUGUCAAAGGAACCUCACCUACUUUCUAGUCUAUUUAUGAAUUUAAUUGACGUAUUAAAUUCUUGUUAUUAUUCAGUAUAAAUGUGACAUAUGAAACAUAUGAAAGUUUCACCUCCUAUAAAAAAUAAACAUUCCAGCUAUUGGGUAAAAAAAAAGAUUUCCAUUAGACAUGUGCGAAAGAAAAAAAACUUCUAUCUCUUAAAAUCCCCACUCCUCCCCCCUCAUCACUUUUCUAAUGGUCCACCCCUUAGCUGUAGGCUCUUAGCCAAUGAGAAGGCAGAUAAUGAAUACAAUGUAUAAUAAUUUUACUUAUUAGUUGUGAAACCUCAUCAGCCAGCAUGGAAACAAUUGGUGAAGAAUUUUGGAACUGACAUAUUACUUCCAAAUGAUGAGAUCGACAGGGAGAAGCUGGGGAAGAUUGUCUUUGGUGAUGAUGCUAAAAGGCGUGUACUUAACAAGUGCACUCACCCUGCUAUUUAUCAGGCAAUCUGGUGGAAACUUGUCAAUUACUUUCUUACAGGUAUGAAUUACUUAAAGUCAAACAAUGAACCACAGAAAAUUAUGGUAAUGGUAUAAAAACAGAGCAGAACAAAACAAAACUUACAAGAUAAAAGGAACCUCAGCUGGUGUACAUGUAUAGUCUACUGUAAACUACCAGUUAUAAGCUCCUCCACAUUUACCCCCCCGCCCCCCAGCUAUAGGCCCAUUUACUUGUGAGCAAGCAAUUGCAAGCGCCAAUUAUAAGCAUCCCCCUUCCCCCAGAUAUAAGCCCCCCUCUACAUCAGUGAAUUUUAUUUAUUAUGACAAUUUAAAGCUUCAUGAACAGCCAGUCAAUGCAAGAUAUAAUUUAAUCACCACUGCUAUAGCUUGUUUCGAAGGGCUUUUUCUAUUCCAGUUAUAAGCACCUCGUAUAUACGCCCUUGCAUUUACAAGGCCUCCUAAAAUCCCUUAUGAAAAUGUAUAAGCUUAGGGCUUACAAGUGCAUGUGGUACAGUAAUUAAUUGUUCAUAAAUGGAGGCAGCAUAGCCAAGUGGUAAGAGCUUUGGAAUUGUAAUCCAGAGCCUGAGAAUUGAUUCUCGGUAGUCCAAAUUUCAACUCCGCAGUCAACUGGUUUGCCUCCAGCCAGUUAAGGUUAUUAGCUUUGGGAGCCACAAUAAAAAUUGCUGGUUUACCAGUAAUAAUGUGUUACCCCUAUAAAGUGAGUUUUUUAAUUACGUGUUCUUUAUGACCCUACAUGUCAGUUGUUUGAAGAAAAGUUUUUGCUUGUUGUUUGCUUGUUUUUCUGAUGCCACAAUGGCCUAUUUGCUCUUAAGUGCCGAGUAAACUACCUCUAGUAUUGGUUGUUGUUUCUCACUUUUUCAGUUGCUGCCAUACCUCCAUACAAAGAAUGCCUCUCGAGUGGUUGAUUGCAGGUGGUUUCUCACUGCCUUCGCCCCUCGGCUCCUUCCCCAUCAUUUUUCUUUUUCUUCCCCCGUUCAGCUUUUGCCUGGCUGAAAAAACACACACCAAAAAAAAAAAAACUCCCGCUACACAGGCUAUAUCUGUUGACAAUUAGGUGGCAAUGUUAAGAGAAGCAGCAAAAGAAAAUUAACAGUGUAAAAGGGAACCUCACUUCUAUAAGUUGAAGUCUCAAUUUUUGAUACAUUUUUAUUUUCUCUCCACUUUUAAAAGAAUUUGUCAGUAUUUUUGAAACGUUUAUGUCAAUUUGUUAUAAGAGCAGACUUGUGAUUUCCUUUAAGGGAGCACUUUCAUGUCUACCUGCAAGGUAAGAGGAGGCAUAUAUCAUAGCAGACGGGGUAUAUCAUAGCAGAAUGCACUACAAAGCGAAAUGUUCAUGGGAGAUUAUGGGUCUUGGAAAAAUUGUGCUUUGAUAUUGAGGACUCUGAAACAUUUGUAGUGGUAGAAAAGAAUGCUACAGCAGGAAAGGACAUACCACAUUUAUUCGAAUAAGCGCUCAACCUCGAAUUAGCGCCCAACUUGAAUAAGCGCCCAUCCUAAAGGCAGAAAAAGUUAAUAAGCGCCUUUAUCCCGUCUCAGUUGAAUUCUUGGAGCCUUAACUCGCGUUUAGAAAGAGAGUGCAAGAUUCGAGAAGAUAUGUAGCAAGAAAGUUGUGCUGCGCGUGCAAAAUCGCUGUUUGGCUUUUUGAUCUUAUUACUUUUUAGACGUUCCCGUUGACGUCGCCCUUGUCGUUGCGUUGCUAGAGCUCGCCAAUAGGCUGAUUUAGCAACAGAACGGGAACAUCAGUUAACGAAGGCGCGCAAAUCAAACAGCUGGCUUAACCAAUGGCUGAGCGGCAAACUGGGCACCGGAAGUAGAGUUUAGUCCUUUUCGCGUGCUUUGCCGUCGUCAAAUGACGUUCCCGAUCUGUUUCUCAAUCAGCCUAAUGUCCUUCAAAAGGGGUCGAAAUAAAGACCUACCAGCCUAUUCUUUUGCCCUGUCGGCCGCGCGAAGUCUGGGUUACAGCUCACAGUAGAGUCCAGCCUUACCGAGCCGAGAACGCUAAGGGGCAAGGCUAAAGAGACACUUCUUUAAUCGCUUCUUUUUAAAAUCUGUUUUGUAGGUGAGAGGUUUGUGGUUCUUGACUUACCUUUGUUGUUCGAAUCAGGAGUUGCACUGUAUGUAACGAAAGAGGUUAUUGUAGUAUACUGGUAAGUAGACUGCUUGCAGUCCGCCUUUUCUCUUAAAUUCUGUCUAGUUCUUAUCUCCUCCAGCGCGAUUGCAAACCACGACGUUAUUAUUACAAUUAGGCUUUGCCGCUCGCGUGCUUAGGUUUCGCGUGCAGUAACUUUGCAAGGAAAAAUAAGAGACUGCUCGCAGUCUAACUGGUAAGGUAUAGUGGUGAAGUUAAUCACUAAAUACCCGGUAAUCUUUGCAACGCUAGUAUCAGUACCAGCACAGCUAACAGCAUCUUUAUCACCUACACGAACAAGGUGCAUAUGAUCAGCUUGUGAAAUAUUGUAAAAAAGAAAUUGAACGGCUUGGGCGAUAGCAGUCGUAACAAGAAGGCAACACUGAUUUAAAUGUCCUUAUAAAAACAUACAAACAUCCCUUUGCUAUUGUUUAACCUUUUGCUAAUGUUGAAGCUUAUUUUUCGUGUAAUGAAUUUUGCGUUUACAUGUAUUCUGGUGCUAUUGCGUGCGUCGUAAAUAUAGUCACUAGGAGUUAACUGUCUCUUCUGUCAUGGCCAUUUUAGAAACAGAUAAAUGUUCAUGUUAAUUGUAUCAACUCGAAAAUUCACCAUUCGGUCGAAAAAAAAUGUAACAUCACCUUUUCCCUCACGAUUCAUCCUCUGUUUUAUCAUUUUUAUUUUUUAUUUUUUUCCAGUGACCGGGAUACUCAGAUGAAACGUUUAAUGGAAAGGAAUAACUUUAAUCAAAGCGAGGCUGAGCAAAGAAUAAACGCUCAAAUGUCAUUGGAGGAGAAGUGCAAGCGGGCCACUUACGUCAUAGACAAUUCCUCCAGUCGCGAGAGAACUGGUGAACAAGUAAAGAAGCUGUACGAAAAGUUCAACAGAUCUUAUGCUUACCUCCCUUUGCGAGUUUUCAGUUUAUGUGUUGUUUGUUUUGUCACGUGGCUGCUUGUACGGAUGGUGAAGCUAUACAGCUGACAAUAAAUCUAACG